GGGGGAAGAUGGCAAAAGGAGCGCGUUGCGAUUGCGAUUUGCAAGCACUACUUACUGUACAUAUAGUAGUGCAUUGACCGUCAGUUGUUUGGCAAAUUUAACACCAAGUCACCCAGGAAAGCACUAUGGAUUGAUGAUUUUGUUUCAAGGCUCAGUGGCAUGAAGAAUAUUCAACCCCAAGCUGCUAAGAAUGUCGUCUUGGUAGCGUCUUGGUUGCCAAGUAUUCCGGCUAGUUCCUCUAACCCCCGCCGGCAGAGACAUCCGUGACGUUAGUGACCGGACGCUUGGUGAUGGGGUUAGGGUAUUUUCAACAGCUUUUCCCGAGCGAAGACAGCUGCAGUAAUUAGCUUCCUGCCCGGCUACGAGCUUGGUUGAUUGGGUGUUAAUUACCCUAACCCUGAUGUGGACAGCUCAUUCUGGGCUUCCAUUCCAAUGGAUUUCAAUCGCAUCCGACGGACCUCGGCCUACUCCAAAUCAGAAGGCGGGGAAUCUCCGCGACUCCAAAGGACAACUCCAAAUCAACCCAUCAAGGUGAACAAUCUAAAGAUGACCAGCCGAACAACAUACUCUCCUAUCACUAUACCAAUCAGCUCCAAAGGGAGUGUAAAAACUUUCGAAAGUCUCCGUUGGCCCACCUGAGUGGAAGGUAUCAAACACCUACAUCGCCUACGAAGUACCUACCUACCUUAGGUACCUACCUUAGACAAGGUACCUUGGUUGUCUUGCGGCAAGGACGAACGCCAAGGGGCCAGUAUCAUCCUCUAUUGAAACAAAUAUCCCAACGCCGCUUCUCUAUACAUUCUGCCUCUACCAGCCACGAUGGCCACUCCUCCGCCUCCUCUAGCCGGACUCAAGGUCCUGGAGUUCGCCGGCCUAGCUCCAGGGCCCUUUGCCGGCAUGUUUCUCGCCGACGCCGGCGCCUCGGUCCUACGACUAGAUCGCCCUGGCAGGGCCCCCACCGAGGACAUGCUGGCGCGCCGCAAGGCUUCUAUCGCCGUAGACCUGAAGUCGGCCGGCGGCGUAGCUCUGGCUGCCAAGCUGGCCGGCCACGUCGAUGUGCUCAUUGACCCUUUCCGCCCAGGCGUGCUCGAGCGCCUGGGUCUCGGCCCGGAUGUCCUGCGUGCCGCGAACCCGCGCCUUAUAUACGCCCGGAUUGCCGGAUUCCGCCGCGACGGCAAGUACGCUGACAUGGCCGGUCAUGACAUCAACUACUUGGCCGUCUCGGGCGCCCUGUCCAUGCUGGGCCGCAAGGGCGAGAAGCCCACGCCCCCUUGGAACAUCCUCGCCGACUUUGCGGGUGGAGGGGCGAAUUUGUUCCAGGGGAUUCUGCUGGCGCUCGCGGCGAGGGGCGCCAAUGGUGGCAAGGGCCAGGUGGUGGAGGCCAACAUGGUCGACGGCAGCGCGUACUUGGCAACCUUCCCGCGAAUGGCUCUCAAGACGAUCCUGGGCGGCGCCCCGAGGGGGGAGAACAUGCUCGACACUGGCUGUCCAUUCUACGACACGUACGAGACGGCUGAUUCGGGCAGCUACAUGGCCGUCGGGGCCCUGGAGCCUCAGUUCUUUGCUGUGCUGAUGCGCGGGUUGGGGCUGCAUGGUCAGGGAUGGGAGGAGAACCGAUACGAUAGGGAUCACUGGCCUGAGUUGAGAACUCUGUUCGAGAAGACGUUCAAGUCCCGGACGAGAGCAGAGUGGGAGAACGUUUUUGAUGGGACUGACGCAUGCUGCACUCCCGUGCUCACAUUCCCAGAGCUGGAGGAGGGAAGGACGAGCAGCUCACGGCCUAGGGAGGGCGAUCAGCGACCACCUGUAGGUCUGCGAGACACACCCCUGCUGGCUGUCCAUCAAGCCGUGCAGGAUCCAGCCACGCAGGGACAGGGCGCCGGUGUUCCUGGUGGUGGGUACGAGGCAAUUCACCUGCAGCCUGGACAAGGCGGCGAGGAACUGUUAGGUCAGUGGCUUGGCUGGGCCAAGGGGAGAGAAUUUGAGGCUGUGGACGGGGCGCUCGUCCUCAACGACAAGUCGAAACUCUAGUUUCCGCUCCAGCUGGAACAAAUUGCCAACGUUGAUCUGUUAUAAAUACUAUCCUCGCUGCUUUGUUCUUGACAAAGUAUGCCCCAUACCAUGAGUUCUGCCCUUUGCCAUUCGUGGACUCAUUUCGCCCCUGGGUGCCCAAGAUGCCGUGAAAAUCCCUUCAGUCCUGCCCGGUGGUUCCGCAUGGAGUAUGUAUGUCGUGUCAAGUGGCUUGCGGGAUAGUUUGUAUGCAGCCCCAUCAUAACCUCUACUCCGUACUCGGAAAAGUCAGCUGGGUUGUUUCUUCCUGAACAGCUACCAAGCACAUAGAUCGGCAUCUUUACACGUAAACUCCAGUCCUGUUGAUGCAGUCUUGUCUUCCAAUUCACGUCAUGGGAUCGUCUUCUUUUUGGAUACUUGGAUAUCCAUCGGCUCACACCGGGCUCGGUGGCGGCGGCGGGUUGGGUGGCGGUGUUGGCGGUGUAUCGCGCGACUGCUCAACCAGCAGUUGGAAAAUAGGUUGUACAAGAAACAUUUUUUUCCCAAUGUGGCAAGCAGAAACAAAGUGUCGAGGUGGUCGUGAAGUAGCUGGCUUCACAGGAACACCUUGAGGGCAGAUAUUCUCUUUCUUCGGAUCUUAAAGGGGGAUUUCAGUGAUCAUUUCAAGUCAUUGAACCUCUUGUCAAGCACUAUAUUAUCAUCAUCUUUUUUUCCCUCACACUCUUCCCGUAGCCAAUGCACGCCUUGCAAGCUACCGUCUAAGAUAAGCAUGGGCUUUCUUUUGUGUAUUGCCCCCAAGGAUGGGCGGCCACAAGCCAUCCGUACUGUACCUGUCGUGUCUCGGUCUCAGGGGGGGCCAACAACCAAGAGAUGACGAGGGAGAGAGAUAUAGAGAUAGCCCUGUAAUAACCUGUAAGCCACUUUCAUCACGGAAAAGCGCCCCAGGCCAAUCGCGAACGUUUCGCACGCUUGCGUGUAUGCCGUGGCCGCGUUCACAACCUGGUUAGGCUUCCCGAGGUUCAAUUGGGUC